AUGGCAAGCGGACUACGCAGCGACGAGACCAAGCCUCGGCGGUUUGAUCUCACCAUGUCAAGGAGGACGAGGAGGCCAGCAGCAGCAACCUUGGCCACCAGUUGCCACGAACAAGAUCAUCAUCAGGCCGUGGACGUGGAAGGAUUGGGAUUCCAGCCGGUGGUGGUACAGCCGGAGCCACAGGAUACAGAUGGCCUGUUCUGCUUGUCGGAUCAUCGGCAGUCACGGCAACCUGAGCUGGAUGCUCACCAGGAGCACGAGACGUCAGAACAGCGCUCUGAAGACACCAAGGAGCAGGCAUCACCGCCGCAGACGUGUCGAGCUGAUAGAGGCGAGGCCGUCGACGACGGCGUGAAGGACGCCGCCACCGGAGGCACCGGCAUGGAAGAGAAUGCUGCUGCUGCUGCUGCGGGUGGUGGUGUUCGUGAAGUUGCAGAGGGAGCUGCAGGAGCAGGUGAGGCAAAGCGGCCUGACCAGGUGGCGGGAAGGAGGGUGAUCGGAAUGAUGCGCCGCUACGUGAAGGUCCGAUCCAUCAAGCCCAAGCGUGCGUCGCCGGAGAAGAACGCCACGCCUGUAUGCUGA